GGCCGCUAUAUAAUGUCGACAAUGACAAGGGAAUGGAGAAACUCACUAAAAGAACGACGACGCACGUGCUACGAGACGACUUUGACCUCAACCGGCUUGUCGACGGACGUCUGGACGCGAAGAGGCGGAUUGGACUGAACACUGAGGUGCCUUUGUCCCUGAAGCCGCGCACACUCAGGCGACUAUAGCCUACCUUCCAUCUCUCCUGUCACACGAGUGAAGCAUUCCACCGCUCUCCUCCUCUCAGUCGAGAUGGCUCCUACCUUGGCCACGGCUUUCAGCCGCCGUUGGUGGAUGGCGGUGACGGCGGUCAUCGAAAACCUGCUUUUCUCUGCUGUGCUCCUGGGCUGGGGAUCCCUGCUCAUCAUGCUCAAGUCAGAGGGCUUCUAUUCCUACCUGUGCAAAGCACCAGACAACAACAGCUCCAACUUCAGUCUCUCCAACACGUCUGACGCUGAGGUGUCCGACGCCGAGGAGUACCUGGAGAUGAACGGCUGGCAAAUCUGCAAGGACCAGGAUGAGAUGCUGAACCUGGCCUUCACUGUGGGUUCCUUCCUGCUGUCCGCCAUCACCCUGCCCAUGGGCAUCGUCAUGGACAAAUAUGGGCCGCGGAAGCUGCGACUUCUGGGCAGCGCCUGCUUUGCCUUCUCCUGCCUCCUCAUCGCCUAUGGAGCCAGCGAUCCCAACAAUCUGUCCAUCCUGAUCUUCUUUGCCUUGGCCAUGAAUGGAUUCGGAGGCAUGUGCAUGACUUUCACCUCUCUGACGCUUCCCAACAUGUUCGGAGACCUCAGGUCGACCUUCAUUGCCCUGAUGAUCGGAUCGUACGCCUCCUCUGCUGUUACUUUCCCAGGCAUUAAGGUACUCUAUGACCUGGGUGCUACCUUCAUCUCCAUCUUGCUGGUUUGGGCCGGUUGCGCCUGUCUGCUCUUCAUCAACUGCUUCGUCAACUGGCCUCUGGAACCUUUCCCUGGCCCGGAGGACAUGGACUUCACAGUGAAGAUCAAAUUCAGCUGGCUGGGAUUUGACCACAAGAUCACAGGGAAGCAGUUUUACCGGCAGGUGACCACGGUGGGGCGCCGUCUGAGUGUAAGCAACUCAGUAACGCAGCAACAGCCGCCUUCCAAAGACCUCGCUUCCCAGGACGCCAGCAAGAUGUGCCUGUCCGCCGUCGACCUGCAGGUGACGUGCAAGUCCCAAGAAGAAGCCCAGACAUUCAUGAGGAGCGUGUUGAGCCCCAUCUUCCUCCUGAGCCUCAUCACCAUGUGCGUCACCCAACUGCGCCUCAUCUUCUACAUGGGGGCGAUGAACACAAUUCUGGAGUCGCUGACCGAGGGAGAGCUCAGCACGGUGGAACGGAUGCAAGUGGUAAGCACAUACACGUCCAUCUUCGGCGUACUGCAGCUGUUGUGUCUGGCGACUUCCCCUGUGAUUGGCUACGUCAUGGACUGGAGACUGAAAGACUGCGAGGAUGAAAAUGACAAGUAUACUGCCAGGGAGCCUGGCCAGCCUCGUCGGCCGGACAAAAAGAUUCAGAAAAUAAUCAACUCCACCCGAGCCUUCAUUUUCACCAACUUACUCCUGGUGUGCUUUGGAGUAACCUGCAUCAUACCCAGCCUCCCACUUCAGAUUUUGUCCUUCGUCCUGCAUACAAUUGUACGGGGCUUCAUCCACUCUGCGGUUGGCGGCCUCUACGCUGCUGUGUACCCGUCCUCUCAGUUUGGCAGCCUGACAGGCAUGCAGUCUCUGAUCAGCGCUCUGUUCGCCUUGCUCCAGCAGCCUCUAUUCAUGGCCAUGGUGGGACCCCUGGAGGGAGACCCCUUAUGGGUGAACGUGGGCCUUUUGUCGCUGAGCAUGCUGGGAUUUUGCCUGCCCUUCUACCUGCUGUGUCACAGCCGACACCUCCAGCGUCUCAGAGACGAGCACGAUGACGACCCAAAGAUCUUCGUCAAGAUGGAAAACGGCAACAAGAUCGAGGCCUUUGUCUAGAUCCAGAGCAAGCACUUGGAUGACUUCCAUAAACUUGACGAACUACACGGGGGGGAACGAGAAGAAAAGAGACGAGACAGGAGUCGCGGAGGUCACUUGCCUCUUGUAGGAACUCUUGCACUGUUUCUGUGGUGCCUCUCUGGGUUUGAACAUGCACACGUUCACAAACACAGUCAUGACUGGCCAACUGUGUUUCCUGCACAAC